AUGGGAUGUGUUGCUUCAAAGUUGGAAGAAGAAGAGGAAGUGGUGGCUAUAUGUAGGGAGAGAAAACACCAGCUGAAGUUUGCUGUAGAUAGAAGAUAUGCACUGGCUGAGGCACAUUACAGAUACUGUAAAUCGCUCUUUGGUGUCUCCGCCGCCAUUAGUCUCUUUGUUGCUCGCCAUUCUUCGCCACCGGCACCAUUUUCCAUUAGCUUUCCACCACCUUCUUUCCCCUCUCCUCCAAAAGAAAAUGUGGUUUCUAACCCUUUGUUUCUCCAGCAAACACCAUCUGAACCCACCAAAGAAGCCAUUGCUUGUGAAUCCUGCAGUUGUUCAACAAGUUCAGAGUCUUCUGAGGAAGAAUAUGAGGAAAAGCUUGAGAAAGAAGAGCCACAGGUUUGUGGGUAUUUCUACAUGGACAUGCCUCAGACAAUGACUUCACCUGCAAGAGAUUUUGGUUGGGAUUUCUUUAACCCUUUUAAUAAUGUAACAAGGCCAGAGAUAAUAAGUGGUUAUAAUAGGAUUUCUGAGGAGGAUUUGAGGGUAGUGAGGGAACAAGAAGGAAUUCCUGAGCUUGAAGAAGAAGAGGAAGAGGAAGAGGAAAGAAUGGAAGGACAGAGAAAAGUUGUGGAGAGUGAAGAAAAGCACGAUUUUGAGCACGAAGAUACCGAGAUUGAGGCCGUGAAGGCGGUGGUUGGUGGUGGUGCUAGUGUAAGCCAGGCGGCGGAGCAGCUGCAGAAGGGUUUGACUGUGAUUGACACACCCGUGAGAGGGAGGGAGCUGUUGGAAGCACUAAAAGAUAUUGAAGACCACUUUGUUAGGGCUUAUGAUUCUGGCAAGGAUGUCUCAAGGAUGCUGGAGUGCAACAGGGUCCAUCUACAGACUAAUCUGGAUGAAAUAAAAGAGAAUUCAACAAAACUAAUCCAAGCUAUUCCGUGGAGGUCUGCUUCUCGAUCUUCGUCAUGUAAGAGUCUUGUUGCGUCUAGUUCCAAGAACUCUUCGACAUGGAAAGAAUUUAACAAUGAUCUGUUUGAUGAUUAUGGAGGAAUGGCUUCUGGAAGCCAUUCAUUGACACUAGGAAGGCUAUAUGCUUGGGAAAAAAAACUCUAUGAAGAGGUCAAGGAUGGAGAUAGAAUUCGGAAAAUAUAUGAAAGCAAAUGCAAUCAACUAAGAAAUCAAGAUGCUAGAGGAGAUGAAGGACUGGCAGUGGACAAAACCAGAGCAGCAGUAAAAGAUUUAUAUAGCAGGAUCCUUGUCGCAAUUCGAAGUGCUGAAACAAUAUCGAACAAAAUCGAGAAACUCAGAGAUGAAGAACUCUUGCCCCAAGUCAAUGAACUUCUACAAGGCAUGGUGAAAACUUGGAAAAUUAUGUUGGAGUCCCAUGAAAUCCAGAACAAGAUCAUGCAAGAAGUGAAGCUUUUUACCUGCCCUUCGUACGGAAAAUUUUGCAAUGAAUCUCACCGGCGCGCUACACUUCAGCUGGAAACAGAGCUUUUGAAUUGGCGUGCAUGUUUCGCAGAAUACAUUACCGCCCAGAAAGCCUACAUCAAGGCCCUCCAUGGAUGGCUGGCUAAGUUUGUCGUCCCUGAAGUUAAAUUCUACUCUAGAGGCACGAGUUCGACUCCAUGUUAUUUAAAUGGGCCCCCACUUCUUGUGAUUUGUCGAGAUUGGUUGGCUUCCAUGGACAAGUUGCCGGACAAGGUAGUUUCUUUUGCUCUGAAAAACUGCAGCAUGGAUGUUAGAGCUUUGUGGGUGCGAAAAGGAGAGGAACAGCAACAAAAAAGGAAAGUUGACAAUCUAUCCCGAGAACUGGACAGAAAGAUUCUGGCAUUUCAAAAGAUUGAGAAUAACAGGUUUGAUUUCAAACUCACUGACCACAACACAGAGCAAGCGAUUGAGCAUCGGGAUGAAUACUUGAAAGAAAAGGACAUGCUGGACAAUUUCCGGAAAAGGGUUGAUCUGGAGAAGGAAAAACACCAUAACUGCGUGCAAGAAACUGAGAGGAUUACUUUAAAUGGAUUUCAGGGAGGGUUUAAUAAAGUUUUCGAGUCUAUGACAGAAUUUUCCAAGGCUGCUUUAAGUAUGUAUAGUGACUUGUUAAACAACAUUGUGAAUGCCGAGAAAGUUGGCAAACCGAUCCCGUAUUGA